GGCUGUGGUGCAUGUUCGAGAUGGCUGCAUUCCUGCACAGCCGAGAGCGUGGCGUGAAGGACAGCCUGGUGGUUUGCCCCACCUUUGUGGGGCCGGCGUUGCUGCUGGGACAUUUUGGCUUGACCGUCAUCAUGCUGAUCGCCGUAAACGCAAUGGACGCAGGAGUGCCUCUAUUCCCGUGGGGCGGAGUGGUUGUUUGCACCCUCGCCUUCCCAUGUUUGACGAGUCUCGCGUAUGUCGUUUUUGCUCAUGGCCGCAGCAUCGAGAUAAUGCAACGCCAAGUCCGUCAUUUCGAGAUGUCACACUCAAGGUCUUUCUGUUGUGAUAACAACCACGUUGCGGGAGAUGGUCAGGAGAUGGUUUGCGAUCGGAAAAUCAUUGGUCGGUGCAUAACCUACUGGUUCGGAUCCGGAGAGCACUUUGAGAACGUUGUUCGCACGGCGGUGUUGCAGACGUUGGUUCAUCAGCUGUCGCAGUGUACCUUCACAUAUAUGCGAGUUUUGCAAGCGACCAGCCCUAUGCU